AUGUGGCUUUUCUCGAGCCCAAAACCACCUCAACCGGCGACAGUGCCUAGCGACGAGAUCAUUCCGCUUCACUUUUGGAAUACCGCUUUUUGCAUGACAGGGACGGUGCUAGAUGUUUCGCUGAAGUUCGAUAAUGUUUUGGAUUUGACCAAAUUGCGCGCAGCAUUGGAGCAACUGAUGGAGAUUGGAGAUUGGAGACAGCUUGGGGCUCGACUGCGCAUGAACAAAGAUGGAAAAUAUGAGUAUCACAUUCCAACACAAUUUGAUGCCUCAAGACCGGCUUUCAUCAUGACAAAUGCUCAACAUGAAACUAGCAUUGUUGACCACCCACUUGGUGCAAAAUUACCACAGCCAACCGGCAUUCCGACCAUCUUUCCAUCGCCUGAUGAGUUGAGCCCUUAUCUGCGUAGUGCGGAUGCUCCGACAACUAUCGAUGACUGGCUUUAUUCUGACUUGCCUCAGCUGGCAAUACACAUUAUAACGUUCACGGACGCCACAAUAAUCACCAUUACAUGGAUUCAUACGCUGGCAGAUGUGAUGGGAAUGACGACAAUUCUUAAUGCAUGGACUGCUAUGCUUCGAGGGGAGCGCGAGAAAAUCCCCAAGCUAGAGGGUUUCAGAUCAGAGCCCCUCACACAAUUGGCCCAACGUACCCCGGCGGAAAAGUACAUGCAUUUUGACAGUGUAUUUGGAAAGAAAGAGUUUCUGUGGUUUAUAGCAUCAAAUAUCCUUCAGCGACUAUGGUACCGCCAGGAUGAGCGGCGUACUAUCUGCAUCCCCGCCGCAUCCUUGAAAAAUCUCUGCCAGAAAGCAUCAGUUGAGCUUUCUGAUCCUUCAUUUUGUGAAGGGGAGACAGUACCUUUCGUGAGUGAAAGCGAUGUACUACUGGCUUGGUGGGUGCGCGCGCUUUACGGCGGCCUGGGGCUUGGAAGGGCCCAAUCAAUUUUGGUGAACAAUGCAUUGAACCUGCGGACAUCGUUGCAUGAGUCCUUCAAUUCUGACGAUACCGCCUACAUGGGCAAUGCGCUGUGUAUGUCACCUACCCUUUUACAGGGCUGCCAUAUUGCCGAUGAGCCAUUAGGUCAUAUCGCCCUGCGGAUUCGACAAUCGUUAGCGCAGCAGCGAACGACCGAACAGGUCGAGGCAAUGGCGGCGCUACAAAUGCAAACCAUGGAGAAGACUGGCUAUUUAGUCUUGGUAGGUGACCCUCGGAUGACGUUGUUGUCUUGUUCCAACUGGAAUAAGGCCCGCUUGUUUGACAUGGACUUCUCAUCGGCCAUACUACAAAAUUCGGUCCAGUCAAACUCACAGCAAUCACAAAAUGCGGGAAAGCCAUCCUUUGUGAAUGGAGUCCAGCACUCUGCGAAUUCAUUCCGAAAUGUUCUUUCCGUAAUUGGAAAGGAUGCUGGCGGAAACUGGUGGCUAACUGGUGUUUUGCGAACGGACGCAUGGGCCCAUGUUGAACAACAAUUGCGGGAAUUGGGGUCAAAUUAA